AUGGUAAUAAUGUUUCUAUCAACAACUGACGCCGUCCAAUUCUUCAUUGAUAAUCGAAAUUUCGCAUUCUAUAUUAUCUAUCCCGUGUUUCUGAUAGGAUCGAUACGAGCACUCUUGGUUCUUCUCAUUGAGAUGGAUCGAACUUUUGCUACCUACUUUCACAUCAUAUUCUUCAACUAUCGAAAAUUUAUUCCAACGUUUUUCAUUAUCGUCAUCCUUGUUCUAUACACCCUAAUAGACGCAUAUGUAUUGUUCUUUUUCUGUGGUGAUAGAGUAGACGUUCCACCCGGAUGUAUCAAUAUAUUGUGUGCUUUGAGUAUGUGUUACCGAAGUUAUUGGUUAGGGUUCGAACAGAUAGUCUACUCAUUGAUCAUAAUUCUAUCCUUGUUGUUAACUCUGAAACUGUUCAUAAAAAUCAAAGUGAAGAAGGAAAAUAUCAAUUACGACUUGAAAAGAGCCAAUCGUCUAGCUCUUAUUGACACCUUCAUUAUUGUGGUUUUCGACCUGAUUCCUCCAAUUAUAAUCUCCCACGUACCCAACUUUUAUCGAUAUUUGGGACCUGUGAAUGCAUUUUUCAAGACGAUGGGAUUUGUGGUUGAGGGAUAUUUGGUAUCGAUGAAUUUGAAGAAGAGACUAUACAAUUCAAAAACUAAUGUUAUUGUGAAAUCUGAAAGAAUUUAUACGACUUGUAGUAAAUAA